CUAAAAUAUCACAAAUAAAGGACCCCAUUAUCUUCAGUAGCUUAGCGCCUCAUCAAACCUAAGUCCGGGCCUAUGCCUAGAUAUUUCUGCUUCUCGGAUUUUGAGAGAUUCCAUUAAGGAAGUGUCACUUAACCGUAUCAGUACUAACGCUUGGAAAAUUUACCUUGAAGCCAGAAACUUAGCCAAAUUGGACAAUCUAAUCUGAAGUCUUGUUAGGCUAAACAAGGUGAAGGUGACAUUUCAAGGUGACAUUUCCUUCCAAAGAAGCCUGGCUUGUGUUUUGCUGGUACAUUGAGCCACGCUGCCCACCUUCCCAUUAUUUCUAGUAAUCAAGAAACAAGAUUAUGCUGUUGGCUUGUUAUCAGAGUACACAGGCCGAGCAUGAUAUAAGGUGCCCUGCAACUCCACCACUCUAUGGCAGCCUGUCCCAAAACAGCACCAUGCACCUCUUGUUCAGGUUGUGCGCCGUCUUCAGUGCCUCCUUUGGUCUCUGCUCAGGGACAGAUGCUUCUCCAGAUCUCAUCACUUCCCUGCCAGGACUGUCUGAGAUGCCAACCUUCCAGCAAUGGUCCGGCUAUCUCCAGGCAGGAUCUGGCCAAUACUUCCAUUACUGGUUUGUGGAGUCUCAGGGCAACCCAGCAACUGACCCCGUGGUGCUCUGGCUAAAUGGGGGACCUGGCUGUAGUUCUAUGGAAGGCCUCCUGGCUGAGAAUGGACCUUUCCAUCUGAAUGACGAUGCAACACUCUACCUGAACCCCAACAGCUGGAACAAGGUAGCCAACGUGCUUUACAUGGAAUCUCCAGCUGGAGUUGGCUAUUCCUAUGCCACAGAAGACAGCCCUAUCAAUGACAGCCAGGUAGCUGAGGACAACUACCAGGCUCUCCAGAGUUUCUUUGCUAAAUUCCCAGACUUUGCAAACAACGAAUUUUAUGUUUUUGGGGAAAGUUAUGGUGGAAUCUAUGUCCCCACUCUCACUGCCAAGAUUGCGGAAGGAUCAGCAGGCAUUAACCUGAAGGGAUUUGGGGUUGGCAAUGGCAUGCUGAGCUAUUUCCUCAAUGACGAGACACUGAUGGAAUUUGCCUACUACCAUGGAGUGUUUGGAGAUGACUUGUGGGCCUCCUUGAACGAAAACUGCUGUGAUGAAGGAACUUGCAACUUCUCCAGCAACAUGAACAGUGAUUGUAUCACAGCAAUAUCACAAGCCUAUGGAAUUCUUUAUGGAAUUGGCCUCAACGUGUACAACCUCUACCCAUCUUGCUGGGGAGGAGCACACUACCAGGAGCGUUAUGAAGCUGAUUUCUCGAGCCUCUUCCACCACUACCAGUUUGAUGUUCCAGUGCCAAAAAUUGGCUCCAUCCCAGGAGUGCCACAUUGUAUAAAUGCCACCGCUAUGUAUGUGUGGCUGAACCAGGAUGAAGUCCGGCAGGCUCUCCACAUCCCCAGCACUCUCCCAGACUGGGAGCUCUGCAGUACACAGGUUAGCGCUCAUUACCAAAGGGUGUACAGAGACAUGACUCCCUUCUACAAGUAUCUGCUGGCUCAGGACCUACGAGCAUUGGUUUAUAAUGGAGACGUGGACAUGGCCUGCAACUUCUUGGGGGCUGAAAAGUUUGUUGAGUCUUUAAAUCAGACUGUGCUAAAUGAUUACCAGCCCUGGUAUUUCAAUGAUCAGAUUGCAGGAUUUUUCAAGGAGUAUGAGAAGAUCACAUUUCUCACCGUAAAGGGUGCUGGUCACAUGGUUCCACAGUAUAAGCCUGGACAAGCUCAGAAGAUGUUUGAAUGCUUCCUCUCCAAAGCCAGCUACAUCUGAUCUUAUGCAUUUUAAAAUAGUAAAUACCACUGAAAAGUUGUGGGGAAAUGGUAUUCCACAAUACUUUGUAACAUAGUAACAUAAUUGAAGCUAUGUACAUACUUAUCUUUUUAUGAUUGAAUAGUUGCAAAAACUUAUUAAAUCAUGUAAUCUC